AUGGUCCUAAAACCCUAGCGGCAGGGCAGCCAUGGGAAGUAGGAAUGCGGCAGGAAGAGGAGGAGGUCGCAAAUCGUCGAGACUUUAUCCCCAAAACCCUCAUUCUUCUCGAUCCAAUCCUCGCUUCAAGAAGCAGAAGCAGAAGAAGACCAACCGGAAUGUCGACGUCGACGGUGAAGAACCGAUGCCAAGCAGCGAGAACACGGCUGGGCAGUCUCCGGCAUCGACUUCAGAGCAGCUCGGCUUCUUUCUAGCUCAGUAUCAGUCGGCCAACGGCAUCCAUCUUUCUUCUCUCGAGCUGGAUUCCAUCAGAGACACAUGCAUUCUGGAGUUAUCUCAGGGCACUGAACUAGAUGUUAAUACUUUGGGGAAACAAGUAAAGGCGGCUUUUGGCCCAUCAUGGAAGGGAGUGCUCUGCGAGGGAACCCUUGAUCAAGGAAAAAUUGAUCCAGGAAGUCCAGCCAUCAUUGCCAUUACGGCAUCUGCCAUAAGAACGAUAGAGCUUCUAAGGGGCUUUAGGUCACUAACUAGGGAAUGCCAUGCAGCCAAAUUGUUCUCAAAGCAUAUAAAAGUAGAGGAACAGGUUGCCAUGUUAAAAAAUCGUGUCAAUAUUGCUUGUGGUACUCCAAACAGAAUAAAGAAACUAAUUGACAUUGAAGCAUUGGGGCUUUCUCGCUUAUCUGUAAUACUGCUGGACAUGCACACUGACGUGAAGGGCUAUUCCCUUUUUACACUUCCACAAGUCAGAGAUGAAUUCUGGGAUUUGUAUAAGAACUACUUUCAUGAACGGGUAGUCGAAGGAAAUCUGCGAAUCUGCCUCUUUGGUCCAAUAAAUAUCAAGAAAGAAAUAAAGGGUGAAAGUAGAGUCCAUGAUGAAUAGGUAGCUACUUGUAAAGCAGCAAAGUGUAAACAUUGUAUGCCCACUCCUUUGCUAUCUAAAUUUUUUAGUUCAGUUUGUGAAUGUUCUCUUUUGGUUCUUUCCCCUGAA